UUACACAUUUUUAGUUCGAACACUAAGUAUACAAUGGGUUGGCUGUCAACCAGUUUUGGUAUUAUUUUGCUUACACUUUUGUUUACCAUAUGGAUAGCAGCACAUCCGCGAUGGGAUCAAAUGGCCAAAGUGGUGGCCUCCAAGAUGAACUACACCGACCGGCAUCGAAUCCAGAAGGCCGCGAAGGCUGCCAAAUACGUGGAUACGCAGAUCGACGACUUCUAUGUCCGCAAGCUGGAGAACCAGAAGAAAGUGGCAGCCCGUGAAAUAUUGGACAGUGCGUACACUGAAACGAGCAAAUGCAUCCGGAGAUAUUACGGUGGUGAGCACCUUCAGCAGUUCAACGACUGCAUCCAGCAUGUCAUCCAGCUGCACAUAGACAGGCUAAGGUCCCUCCUUCAAAUUACCACUGAGCGACAGUCCAGCGGAGCAAGCAGACUUAACAUCUGGCACUGAUGAUACCCUGGUGAUGAUAGACUGGCCAGGAUCGCUGGCAGGCAUCAAGUCUGCUUUCUUUGCGCCCUGUGCUCUCUGAUGUACUUUAAUUAGACAGUCAACUCGAGACCCGUCA